UUUUCGAAAAAAGCGGUCACUGGAGGAAAUAGGUACAGCUGAUUUUAUAGGAGUGUGUGUUUUCAAUAGGGAUAUAAAACACACACACACACACUCUUACACACACAUAUUCACACACACAUUGAGUGGAGGUUCUCGGUGUUUCUACGCUGUGUAUUGUAUUAAAGUGGAUUUGCUGAAACUAAUCACGAUCAUCCUCUACUUGCGAUGGAGAUGGGCUACGAUGACCUCAACAUAAGUCAGAAAUAUUUUAAGAUUUCUGUGUUUGUGUUGAGCAGCUGCUAAUCUGCUGGUUCUUGUCAGAGUGUAAGAUCCACACUGCCCCAGCAGCUCGGUUGUGUUUAUUACAUCUGUACUCCUCCUCCUCUUCUGUCCUUCAUCAUGGCUCCCAAUCCAGAGCUCUCCUACCUGGACCGCGUCGUCAUGGAGAUCAUGGAGACAGAGCGCGUGUAUGUCGAAGAUCUGCACAGCAUCGUGGAGGGUUAUCUUGCCCACAUUAUAGACACGGCAGCUUUACCCCUUCUACCUGAACAUGUGUGCGCUCUGUUUGGAAACAUUGAGGACAUUUACGAGUUUAACAGUGAGCUGCUGCAGGAGUUGGAUUUGUGUAAAAAUGACCCUGUGGGCAUCGCCAGGUGUUUUGUACUAAAGCGUGAUUACUUUGAGAUCUACACACAGUACUGCACCAACUACCCGAACUCGGUUGCUGCGCUAACAGAAUGUAUGAGAAACAAAACACUGCUGACGUUUUUCAUGGAGAGACAGGAAGCUCUGCAACACCCACUUCCUCUUGGCUCAUACCUUCUCAAACCUGUACAAAGAAUACUGAAAUAUCAUCUGCUAUUACAGGAGAUAGCGAAACACUUUGAUCCUGAUGGUGAAGGCUACGACGUGGUGGAGGAGGCCAUUAACACCAUGACUGAAGUAGCCUGGUACAUAAACACCAUGAAGAGAAAACAUGAACAUGCAGUCCGUCUACAGGAAGUGCAGUCGCUGCUGAUUAACUGGCGCGGUCCUGAUUUAACCACGUACGGUGAACUGGUGCUGGAGGGAACCUUCCGCUUUCAUCAUGCAAAAAACAACAGAACCCUCUUCCUGUUUGAACGGAUUCUACUCAUUACAAAACGACGAGGAGAGAACUUCAUCUACAAAACACAGAUCUCUUGUUCAAUGCUAAUGCUCAUGGAGGGAACAAAGGACUCUCUGUGUUUCAGCGUCACACAUUACAAACACCCCAAACAACCUCACACAGUGCAGACUCGAACAAUGGAGGAGAAGAAACUCUGGACUCAUCACAUUAAACGACUGAUUUUAGAAAAUCAUCACACCACCAUUCCACAAAAGGCUAAAGAGGUGAUUUUAGAAAUGGAUCCAAUGUAUCAGAAGUACAGAUUUAACUCUGAGAGGAAAAAGAAAACACAGUCUGAUGAUUUCACACACACUCGGCAGUCAGAAAUAACCAAACAGAUGCUUAAAACCAAUAAAGGCAUGCUUAAGCACUCACUCAGUGAAGGAGAACUGCGGGAGAACCUUGUUGCUCUGAGCUCUACCUCAGACACGUUGCAGGAUCACACUUACAGAGAUGAUGUUCCACAAUGUGAGCUUCAAGAUGAGGAGGAGAAGAAAAGUGAAACAGAUGAUGUGAUAAUGGAGGACUUUAGCAGCUCCAUGAUUUCCUGUUGGAGCUUCAGAGCUAAAGCCCUGCUUCAGCUCGACAUGGAUGAAGAAUGGCAAGAACAUGGAGACUCUCAGCUUUCACAGCAGGAGGAGAGACAGGUGUGUGAGGGUCCAAACACACUCAAGGCAUCACCAAAUAUAUUAGAGUUCCAGAAUAACACAGCAGCAGAACUCGGCUCUGCAAACGAAUCAAAACCCAUAUCCGAUUGUGACCGAGCCAAAAUCAUACACUGUGUUUAUCACAUGAGCGCUGUGGAGAAAUCGGACAAAUAUGAGGUAAAAGAAGACAUUGUGCUGAAUCAGGAUGGACAGUCUUCUGAAGAGGAAGUAGAGGACGAUUGUGUGGAAAGUCAAAAUCACUCCAUCCUUCCAUCGUCUGUUCUGGAUAAAGCAGGUGUCAUUGCUGAACAUUUUAUUGCUAAUGCUCGCCACAGUAGUGCUGGACCAGAUGAGCUUCGGUCUCCUCAGCACAUUCAUCACGAAGUAUCUUCAAGAGAGGAGCUGGUGUCUGGAUCAAAUCAAAAUGUCUGUAGAAGAAGAGAUUCAACUUUGUCCAAACAGGAGCGUCUGCUCAUUGAUAAGAUCAGGAACUACUAUGAGAAUGCUGAGCAGCAGGAUGAAGGUUUUAGCCUGAAGCGUAGAGAGAGUCUGGCCUACAUCCCGAGCGGGUUAGUGCGCACUUCUGUCAACCACUUUAACAAGAUUCCUCACACUGACCAUCGCAAAACUUCAAUCACAGAAACAUCCUUAGUGACAUCUGCAGACUCUGACAUCAGCACGGAACCUGAUCAACUUCAAGAUGUGCUCAGUAUAGAGCUUAAUGGCUCUCAGGCUCACAAACCAGAAGAGUUUCCAGAAGAACAUUUCUGUUCUUCAACAGAAAUGCUUAAAGUUUGGCAGGAAAUGGAGAAAGAGGUGAUGAGCUCAGUGGGAGGAAGUAAGUUCAGAGAAAUGUCACUAUUCAAAGGACCAAGUUCCUUUUCACAAAGAAACAAAGGAGAUUUUCGAGGACCAGAGCUGAUUGCUGCUGAUGAUCUGAGCACCAUUAUAGAGGAAUCACCAGUGAAGGGUAAAGAAGAAGGAAAUGAAAAGGAGUCGAAAGAAAAUGCAGUUUUAAGUCUGAAGAAGUUGUUCAGUCAUCACAUACAGAGCGAAGAAGCUUCUCCUCAGUCGUGGAGGCGAAGCUCAGACACCAGCACAAGCACUGUCAAUAAAACACAUAUACCAUUGCUGGCAGACGAGCAGAACAAGAGCACCUGCACAGGAAAACCAAGCCUGAAACUCCCAUUAACGUGUGUUUGGACAACACAAGAAGUACAACGGACACACACUUCCCCCUCCAGCAGUGUCUCAGUUUUAUCUGCAGAUUGUUUGAAAAGCCCUGUGCCACUUGAGAGUUUUUCUUGGCCAGAUGUAAGUGAGCUGCGCUCCAUAUACUCUUCUCUGGACUGUGUUUCUCACACACCACUCACUUCUGCUGCGCACACUCACAGUCCAGGCUGCAGCUUGAACAACAAAGCAUCUCGCAUUCAUCGAGCUGGAUCUUUGGACCAGAAACUGGGUGGCUUUGGCUGGACUAAUCUACCAAACAAGAAGGUGAACAGUGAUUACUGCAUCUCAGGGCAGGCAAUGUUGCCCAACAACAAGACUAUUACAGUACUGGAAAAAGUCAAGACACAAACACUGUCCCCCACAUCUCGAGAGAAGCAGUCCCUGCUGUCUGUGACUGAGCGCUGCCGAUUGUAUGAGGAUCUGGAUGAGGCAGCACUUCGAUCAGAGCCAGAAAGCAGAAACAAAGACAAUAAAAGUGAUAAACGAGGUAACAGCACACAGCAAGGUGUUGUCAAAAACCUCCGGGAAAAAUUCCUGAAUCUGAAAUAGUGCACUAUGCAGUGAAGAGAAAGAAGUUUGGAAGUUUGUACAGCUCCAGUAAUCACUUUUAAAUAUAACACACAAUAAUGGCAGGGAACAGAAAACCAAUAUACAGUACAUCAGGAAGCAGUCAUGACUUUGAAACUCCUUUAAAUCUCUAUCAGUCUGUCCAAUUCUCUCUACAAGGAGCUCAUGUGCUACAGACUUUCAUUCUAGCCACAUAGGAAGUACACUUCAUAGUCGAAUGGGGACCAAGUUGAGCUACCAAAACAAGUGCAAGCCCAUAAAUGGAAUGAAGGCCUAGAGCCAAAGUGGUCUGUUGUGGAUAAAAAUUAUUUAGGGCAAUUUGUUUUAAAACAUCUGCUUUAAUUUAGUGUGAUGAUGAUGGUGAAGAGCUCUGUAUUAUCACAGUCAGGUGUUCUUGAGCAAUCUACAGAUGACUUCAUUAUAAGUGGUUCAUUUGAAACAAACAUGACCGUAACAAACGUAAAUAUAAAGUAAAUUACUGAUCAGUUUUUCAUAUUUCUUUCGUUAAUCAUGAAAAUAUUUGCUAACUGAGAUGGUUAAUAUCAAUAUUUAACCUUUAACGUAAUUAAUGUGAUUUAAAUGAAAAAUUAAGUUUAUUAUAUUCUUAAAUACAUCUGGAAUUAUUAUAUAUUGUAAAAUGUAGACUUUGUGUGAACAUUUAAAAUAUUCAAAAAAUUAAAACUACUGUUUUAUUUCUUCAUAUAUUUAUUUUUUUAAUGUUUACACUUGUUUUAUGUAUUAUUUUUAUGAUCUAUUACCUGCUGUAGAAAGAAAAUCAUUAAAUCGAUGCAUUACUUGCUUAAACUGUAAGCUAUAUAACCAUGCUGUGCGCCUUUCACCUAAAUAAAUCUAUUAUCAUUUUAUUGUGGCUUACUGUAAAUGUUAAAGAAUAAUCUGAUUAUAACUCUGUUAGAGAAUGAAAACUGCAAGUAAAACUGUGUACAAAUA